AUGGCCCAGCGACUGCACACGAUAAACAAAGUCGCGCAUCCCCUCUUUUCUCCAUUAGAAACGGAGAAACUCAAGUUCAUUACUUUAGAACACAUGCCUGAUCCAAGUAGAGCCAAGCCCACUGGCUACACUAGGAUUGCAGAUGUGAUCCUUAAAUCAAACCUUGGCCUGGAAGAGGCCCACAUGAUUUCUGACAGAUUCGGUCUCGCUCCCUCUGCCUCCCAAGGCGGAGUAUAUUUCCAGGGUACAUGCAGUUCAGUGGAAUCCAGUUCGAGCGAGAUCAGAGGGUGA